AUGGAAGAUCGAGUUCUUCUUGUUGGCGAAGGAGUUUCUGUUCCUAAGCGUGUGGAAAAACUUCUUAUGAAAUCGUUUGUUACUCUUGGGGGGAUUAUUGGGUUGCUGAAUUGCGAUGUUGAUGGUGUUUUGUCUUGUGUGGUAGAUUUGAUUGAGGCGCGGGAUUAUUUCUGUAGGCUGUGCGGUGGCGAGGAUGUGUUGGCGGGUUCUGAUGUAGAGGAUGCUACAAGGGCGGAAUGUGUGCACGUAAUGAAACGGGCUAUUGCACGUCUUUCCCCUAGUGUUUUGGAGGACUCGACGCUCCGUCUUCCUGUGAAGAUGCAGCGGUGUGUGCAGGAGACGAUACAAGAGCUUGAGCGGCUGCGUGAUGGUACGGAGGAGGCGUCUGAUCUUGUGGUGAAACUUCAGCAGGAUGUGCAGACACUGAUGAACGCCGGCGAAGCAUCACUUCGGCUGCUUCGGGGUGAUGCGUCUACAACUAUGGCUGUUUCAGGUGGAGGUGCAGGCGAGGGUGGGAGUGGGCGUCUGAGUGUGUCUCUACUUGCCCGCUCACUUGUGUCGUAUGCCGGUGAUAAUGCCGGCCGUUUGCGUGACCUCCGUGCCGCUUGUGAUGAGUGUAGCGGUAUUCUUGCGCAGGCUCGGCGGUGCGAACUCCCCAGCACCUCGCUGAAUUCCUCGACAGCAUCCUCCACUGCGGACGCAACUUCUGAGCUGCUGCUAGUGGACCAUUGUAGGGAAAUUGUGAACGAGCUGCUUGUGCUACGUGCAGGGCGUCGUUCGAGCUUGGCUGUGAUGGAGCGUGGCGCCGCCGAGAGUGAGCAGCUGGUGGCGGCCGCACACAGCGCGGUGGAGGCGCUGUCGUCGGCGCUCGAUGAGAGUAGCAGAACAACGGCAGCAGCAGCUUCGGUUGGGGCGUUGUGUGCGCAGCUUGAGUCGUGCGCUUACACCGCGGCAAAGCAGCUGCGUGAGCGGGACCGUCUCAUGCAUGCGAGCGCGGCUCUGCUCCAGGAAGCGUUGGCGCCUGGAGUUGAUUGUAUUAGUCCGCGUGGGGGCGAGGUGCUGCUAUCGAUUGCGGGCGAUGCUGUCCGUGCGCUGGAGGCGGGUCGCGUGGAGCUUGAUAGCGUACGUGGUGCGCUCGAGCAGUCGCGUGGCCACGUGGAGGAGCUGCAGCGGCGCGUGGAGAAAGAGGCGUGCGACCACCGUGCCUCAAUGGUGGCGCAGGUGCAGGCGCAUGACGAGACACAGAGCCAGCUGAAGGAAGCGAUGGAGCGGCAGGUGGCCGCCACAGCUCAUGCAGCGAAGCUCCUGCGCACACUCGCAGGGUUUUCUGGAAGCGUCGCUGCGAUCACGCUGCACAGCGGUCUGGCGAAGGAAGGGGGCACAGGCACAGCAGAGGAGCGGCCACAGGACCAGGAACAACAAGAGGCGGUGGAGGUGCAGGAUAGUGAUGUGGUAAGCAGAGAACGGUUAGACGCCAUUCUUGCGCACUGUGCAGACAUCAUGAUGGAGCUGGAAACAACGAAGGCCAGGGCGAAGCUUCUGGCAUCGGAGGCGGACGAGCUGCGCGGAAGGCUGCGCGACAAUGAAGAUGCCAUGCGUGAGCUCGAGUUCCAAGUGCGCAGCGUAGAGGCAAAGGCCGCCACUCGUGGCGCGGAAAUGUCAGACGAGACGGCCUUCCUCCGGGACGCCCUCGCGGCGAGCGAGGCGGAGUGCGAGAAGAUGCAACAACAGGCGCAGGCGCUGGAGAGGCGUCUUGACGGACUUCGGGCUGAGAUGGCGGAGUCCGUCCGCUCGCACGGCAGCGAGCGCGACAGUCUAUCCAAGGUGCACUCCUCCCUGCUCUCUGAGAACCAGGAAAUGCAGCAACAGCUGGAGCAGCUUGGCGAGGAGCUUCGGGCAGGCAGAAGAGAAGUGCAGGGGUUCCUGCGUGAGAGUCAGGCGUCAUCGCUGUCUGAGGCGGCACUGCGGUCGCGGGGCGCCGCGGCGGAGGCGGCCCUCGGCCUGCUGGCCCGCGA